AUGGUCGCUCUCUUCUCAAAUCUGCUCGUCGUCGCCCUCGCGGCCACCUCUGUCAUUGCACAGACAUUCACAAUCAACACCCCCCUUAAUGUUGUAGUCUGCCAACCUACCCUAAUUUCUUGGUCAGGAGGUGUCGGACCCUACUUCCUGGUUCGUUUACUCCUUUUAUUGACUACAUGGCUCCCUAACGUUGAGCUGUCCCUGCCUUAUCUCUUCAGAGGUCUCAUCCUGCCUGCUGGCCAACCCGCUGCCACCCCUCUGCUCGACCUCGGUUCCCAAACUUCGACCCAGGUCACAUGGGUGACUAACCUCGCCGUUGGCACCUCUGGCUUCUUCAAUCUCCGUGACAGCACAGGCGCUCUUGCUCAAUCUGGUAGCUUCACUGUUCUCGCCGGUGGUGAUACCAGCUGUGUCGGCCAGACUGCUUCAACCAGCGGAAACGGCGCACCGUCUACCCCCAACACCUCCGCUUCUGCUGGCACUACCACCGCCAACACAGCGACAGGCACUUCAGCUGCCAAUACCUCCGCCAGUCGAACUAACACAGCAGCCGCUACCACGACCUCCAAUGCCAGCUUCAAGCAAGUUGCCAACAUUGGCGCUGCUGUCGUUGGUGCUGCCGCUGUUGCACUCCUCGCCUAG